UGCUGACAGUCGCGCGCCGAACGUCAUUAUACGUAGAUCGUGUAAAUGUGCAUGCGCAUUUGGCGCCAAAUCGAAGCAAAAUCACUCCGCAUGAUUCUUUCCGGAAUAUGUUCUUGAGUCACAUCGCGCGCGCGUUGCUUUGCUGGUGAGGGAAUUGUUUCUCGUUAUCUGUGUGGUCAAAUGUCGGAUGAAUAUCAUAGAGUCGCUAAAUCACUCGCUGAGAGAAGACGCGUCGUCAUGGGCACCGUGUGUUGUGCCCCGCGAGUGUAGUGUGAAUCGUUGAGAUUAAAUCUGGGAGGAAAAGAGGUGAAACGAGAGAGAGAGAGAGAAUUGGUGCAAGAGGAAAAAAAACGCAGGAUACACAAAACACAUGGGUAACUCUGUGACUGUCUAAUACCAUUCAAAGCAAAGCAUCAUCUCAUAGUUCGAAAUAGAGAGAGAGAGAGAGAGAGAGAGAGAGAGAGAGAGAAGAAAAGAAAGAGAGAGAGAAUUGAAAGCACACAAGGACAAUAAUGCAGAGCCGUUGUUUCCGUUUUUUGCGACAGAACAACGUUUGGAUCUGCUCGUAGUGAUGUACUGCCUAUAUUUUUCUUAAUGAUCGAGCGAAGAGAUCUAACGGACAGAAAUGACUCGCAGAAGAACGUUUACCUUUGUAUUGGGAGUAUGUAUAGGUUUUCUAUUAUUGCUCGUUGGCACUGCAAUCGCGAAGACUACGGAAGCAUCUACUGUAGUGUCGGAAAAACCUGAUUCUCAAAAAACAUCAACUCUCUCAAGAGGCACUAUUCUGACGAGGGUUUCAUCGAUUCAUAAAAAUCCGACAGUUACAGAAAAAGACAGACGAAAUUUUGAUUUAACAAAAGAAGAAACUCAUAACAAUCAAGAUAAAUCGAGUGGCAGCAGUGACGAAAGUGUGAGUCAAAGUGGUAAAAGAAGAAGCGAAGUGUCGACGGCAUAUAACACAAGCGAUGCGACGAAAUCCGAAAGUUCAUCAGAUGGAAAUCGGAAAGCUCGGUACGGCGAAAUUGCCGCGAAAAGCUCUGGAAAAAGCACCAGCACGAAAGUCAUCUCCGAUGACUUUCUCAGAUUAUCCAGAACAAACGAACUAAUUGCAGCGACCACGAAGUCGCCGACUUUAAACGAUUCAAAACAGGACAACAAAAGAAACGUAGGAAAUACCACGAUUGAAGAAACUUUCAAUAAUGAAGAACCCAAUGUCACCAUUCCUUUAAGCACAAAAAAAGAAAACAUUGUCAGCGACAAGUUAGCAAACAUUAUAAAAAUUUCAGAAACUAAACACAUAGAAGAUAUAAUUCCAAACGAGCAAGAAACAACGACUGCGAUAUUGGUCGAAAAUUUCUCCUCGUUGUCAGCAAAACUGUCAGAAGACGAAAAAAAAAAUAAAACUGUGAAAUCUGAUUAUAAAGAGACAAUUUUAAAGAUUGAGUCGAUGAAAAAUAAAGAUGUAACUUUAGUUGAUUUGAAAGAAAGCGAUGAUCGUGAUCGAGAAUUAACUACAGUGCGCGAUAUUCAGCGCGAAGAUUCUCAAACACUUACGAGAAAUGUAAAGGAUCAGGGAACAACGGCAUCUGAAGCACUCGACCUAGGAAAUAUUGAUGAGAAGGGACGCGAAGGAAUCAUUUCGCUUAUUAAUGACACGUACGUAAACUACAAUCAUUUUUAUAAAACUGUGACGGAGAAAGAUGCUAAAGCGGAUUCGAGAAAUCGCUCCAUCGACACAAAUAGCACGCGUGGAAAAGGCGAUCCAAAGGAAGAAGUGGAAGUCGUUAACAACAUGGCUCAUCAGCCAAUAUUGAGAAUCGUGACCAACGAGAACGAAACCGCAAAGAAUGAAUCUCACUUCAAUAAACCGAGCAAUCAAGACCAAACAGUUUACAUCAAGAAGAAAGGAGGUGUCAAAAAUGAGAAUCAUUUUGAACAGGAAACAGAUAUUUUACUUUCUAACGCGACCAUCAGUAGCGCAGAUAAUACGGAUGAACGGAAAUCGAUAAGGGAAUCUGAGAGUCAGGUGAAGUUGCUUGAAAUGACAACUCAAAGUAUCCAACUUGAAGAGCAUUCUUUGGGAGCACGCGAAAGUAGUCCAGUUCCGCAGGGUAGAACUAUUGGAUUAUCCGGAGUUAACGAGUUUUCCAGUACUGAGGUAAAAUUCACAACUUCGGCGAAGCUCGAUGACGGAGCAUCGUCGAUCACUCAGAGUUUACAAAAUAACUCCGAUACAGAAAAGAUAGAGCAAAAACCUUACCCUUAUCUAAAGUCUAGUAGAGAAUCAUUACAGACGACAACAAUCAAUUUGAGAGCGAACAGUGAUGUUGCGGAAGAAGCUUCAUCUUAUAAGAAUACGAUCGGAAAAGAAAAAUCCGAAAAGUUUGUCAUUACGGAACCCUCGGUUGUGAUCGAGAACAGCAUUCAACAGCAGAAACCGGAAGAGAAAGAAGAUAUAAAAGAUUCCAAGAAUUUUACGACCAAAAGUCUCUCUUCUUUAAUACCAGCAACAGUGAUCCCGAUUGUUUCCGCUGAUGUUGGAUCGACAAAUGAAACUUUGUCAGAAAAAUUAAACGGCAGCGCAGAGGCGGAGAUGAAAAGUUCGACAUCCAAGAAUGACAUACCGAAUACGAAAGAAGAAGAGAAAGUGAUUGCAAGUAGCAGCAAUAGCUACGACGUGACCGGAAAUGGCAUAACAGAAGUCAGCUUUGCUCCAGACCGCAAGGGAGUGAAAUCACAUUCCAGCGAGACGACAGAUUCAACGUCGACGUCGCAUUCCACUGAGAUCUCAAACACAUCCAGGAUCCCUUUAAAUACGGACGUCCAGAUGGAGCCGGAAGAGGCCAUGAUGAUCCGCUCAACUUUUAUCGUUACCGAAUCCACAAUGGUUCCUGUAGACAAAGCCGUGGCAAUAGAAGUGAACAAGUCUACAACUUCAGCAGGUGAAGUGAACACAGUGGCUGCCACGAUGGUUUUCGAAAAUCCCACAGUGUCAACAUCAAGGACGAAUGUCAUGCAACAGUCUUCCUUAAGUCCCAAUCAAACCACCGAAACUUUAUUUACUACUUUACUUCCUGAUGCAUCUUUCAUUCCGACAACUACGUCCGUCGAAUUUGUGUUUGUGGGUCUCACGGAAGCAAUCUCUGUAGAAAAUAACACGACCGAGAAUAAUGUUCACGAACAAAUGACAAUUUCUAAGAUCGCGAUCUCGCCGACUGUUCAAGAUUACUCAUCCGCGACAAGUAAUACUACAGAAGACACAGUUACCACGAUGAAACUUCAAGAGUUUACCGAACUUCCGGUAGUAACGGAAAGUGGAACGGAUCAGGUAUCAACCGUGUAUCAGUCUAAUAACGAAACCAUCGAAGAGUCGUCAACCAUUCAGAUUGUAAGUCAGGAGCAGAGUAAUCGCACAGAGUUUACGAGAAACAAAGUUGCUAUAAGCGUUAUCGAUUACACUAGCGUAGCUACCGCUGGCACGGAAUCCUCCGGCGUUACCGAGGAUCCUUCAGAGUCCAUUAAGUCAAGUUUCAACGUUAACGUUACCGAGACGUCCGUUCUAAGCAUGACGGAGUUGCCUAAUUCAGAUGUCACAAUGAAGAUGCCUACGACGAACAUCACGAAGAAUCCCUUAACUCCAUCCGAUGUUACGAAUAUUUUGGAACCGAGAGUUCUCUCGAGUACACCUACGGAAUCGCCUGACGAGAAAACGACGGAUGUUGUUCAGAUAUUGUCUUCAGAUGAGAUUACGUUACUGGUUAAAAUAGUUAUCGAAGGUUCUUUGCACGAAGUCUGUCUUCGGCUGCCGGAUCUCAAGAAAGCGUUCGCGGAUGUUCUCACCAACGGCCUAAAGAAGUGUGCUACUUUGUUUCGCAGAUUAGUGUUGCCGGAACAAAUUGUCAUUCAUCAAAACCCAUGUCUCGAGACAACAAACUCGUCACCGACACCCAUAGACGUCAGUUUGACUUCGAUCCUAGUUUAUGUCGUGAACGAGGACAGAAAGUUUGACGUUACCAUGACGAAGAUUCUUCCAAGUUUGUACAAGGUGUCUCCCAACUUCCCAGUGAGAAUACACAAGGUCUUUUUGGUACCUGAAGCGGAUUCUGGAAACGCAAUAGCUGUUGUUGUUGUUUCGUCCGUAGCCUUUAUUUGUCUGGUUCUUCUGGCCGGACUUUUGUUUAUAAUGAGAAAGAGGCAAACAAGGUUCAACUACGGAGAACGGUGCCGGCCGGUAUCCUUAGACGCUUACAGCCUCGAUAGCGUCUCUGCGUACAACAGUGUAAGGCGCAAGGGUGCGGCAAGAUCCUCCAAGAGAAGUUACGGCAAUCCGACUUUCGAAGAUUCAAGCGCUAUUCCCUCCCAUCCUCUAAACUUUGCCGGGCUCUCAACCUUCUGUAACGACAUUAACGUAAUCAACGAGGAGUUUGCGGGUAUACCCCAAGUUUCAGCGAGGAUAGACGAGCUGCCUCAGGGUGCGGAGGUGAAGAAUAGAUACGCGAACGUGAUACCGCUUCCAGAGACAAGGGUGCCGUUACAGAGGCUGAACAAUGACCCCUUGACCGAGUACAUCAACGCUAGUUACGUGCGGGGACCUAAAAAUGCUACAAAGUAUUAUAUCGCGUGUCAAGCGCCAAUUGAAUCGACUGUUAUCGACUUUUGGCGUAUGAUCUGGGAGCAGCAGUGUAAAGUAAUCAUCAUGCUGACCGAUCUUGUCGAGAACGGGGUGGAAAAAUGCACUGAAUACAUUCCACCUUCGGAAGUAAUUGAUUGUCACCGACUUUACGGUGAUUUCCAAGUCACUCUGAAGAAACGGGAAACCAAAGAGAAAUAUGCAAUCUCUACGCUACAUUUGAAGUUUUUGCAGAACUUGGAGAACAAUACAUUCCGCGAGAUAUUCCACAUUUGGUACCUAUGGCCGGUGAGUGGUGUCCAAUCUGACGGUGCAGGUCUAAUAGCGGUGCUUCUCGAGGCGAGAGCACUUCAGCGAGGUAGUCCGGGACCUAUCGUGGUUCACUGUAGUCCUGGCACAGGACGCACCGGCACGCUAAUAGCUCUCGACCUAGGAAUUAGACAAUAUGAAAUUACAAGAACCGUGGACGUGCCGAGAGUCGUUUACACCAUCAGAAGAGACCGUGCCGGCGCAGUUCAAACGAAAGAGCAAUACGCUUUCAUAUACAAAGCGCUUAACCUGUAUGCGACGAAACUCGCCGGUGGCGUGUUGGAAUCAACGUGAAAUUGUGAUGCGAGAACCUGCAGCAAUGGACUUUAUUUACGUAAAAUGAUUGAUAAGUAUCAGAAACGUACGAUAUAUAGAUAGCGACAGUAGUAUCACAUUGCUCUAUUAUCAUUGAUAAAUUUUAUCCUUCAGAAGAACAAAUGUCAAACGCUGGCUUAUUAUUGCACAUUGUGUGACAGCUAGUCAAAGUAGACGCUCUCAGUGACUUUUGACAAUGCACUAGCUUACACUUCAACUGUUGCAAUGUCCGUAAUUUACGAAUUCGAAUUAUUGCUUCAUUCACCUUAUUCGCCAGGUAUGGUCCCGUGUUAUAUAUGUUCUAUUUAUUUUCGAAUCUGAAAAAAAAUGACUCGGUGGAAAGAAAUUUUUGAGCAACAAUAAUCGAUGCCGUAAGUGGCUAUAUUUUGACGAGCUGUCAUACAAACAUUAAUGAGCUAAUGUUUGACAUUUGUUUUUUUGAAGAAUGAAACGACUUGUCAACAACUACAGCACAAUGUGAUACUAACUAUCGUCGCUAUCUAUGCAUCGUAGAUUGACGAGAAUCGGAUAUUUUGUCAAUAGAAUACAUACGCAUAAAAUCGAAAGAUUUUUUGAAAAAAAAAGCGCAUAGAUAAAAAUAUGCAUGAGUUUUGAUUAUUGGCGAUAGGGGAGCUAAAUAUAAAAAUGCCAAAAUAUUCUAACGGUUAGAAGUAUCAUAAAAUAGGAAGUUUUCGAGGAGGAAAAUACUGACGCGUAGCUACAGAACGAGAACGAUUAAUAUAAUAGAAUAGAUGUGAAGAACUAUAUGUUACCUCUUUUUAAAAUAGUAUAGAAUUACAAUUUGUGAUAUAUGAACUCUAUAGACUAUAUACUUGUAAGUUUGAUAAUAUACAUGAUACAGUCUGCUGAUCUGUUGACGCAAGAUUAAUAGGAAUAUCCAAAGAAGUUUUUAUCGCCAAUAUAAAUUAAUGCAAAGCAAUUUCAAGUAUGUUCAAAUUUGUAUGUGAAAUUUAAGCAAUUAAACGUUCUACGCUUGUAUAACAACUCUGGAUUCGUGAAUUCUCUCUAUUAUAUUAUUAUUUAAUAUAAAACACUAGUAACUCUUUUAAAUGUUUCGAACAACGAUAUGAUUUUGGACAUCUUUAAGAUUACAAUGAAAUAUGUUGAUAUAAUUUGUUUAAUGUAAUGUCUACGAAAUAUCAAAGAUAUGGAGCAGAGACAAAAUAGAAUUAUUUACGUUGAGAUUAAUAUUAAUUUUUAAAUUUUAAUAAGUUUACUUAAUAAAUAUUAUUUGAUAAAACAUUUUGGAAAUACUCUCGAGAGAAUAUUUUAUUUAAAAUAAUAUUCUAUACAUAAUUUGUUAACGACUAUUUAAUACAUGUUUAUUUAUAUAUUAAUUCCUACAUAACAAAUGAUAAUAAAUGAUAACACAUUUGCAUUUGUUUUGUAAUAGUAUUCAGACAGGAUGAGCGCAUUUCUAAUUUGUUUUUCGAAUAAGUAUUGCAUUAUUGUUAUUGUUGCUAGUGUUUUCAGUGUACAGAGUAUAUUUUUAUUUGUGCAUGUCGCUCUCUAUAAACUGUAAAUAUUAUACAUAGUGUCAACGAUGAACAUGAUUUUGACAAUUAUGUUAAUUGAUCUACUUGAGAAGAGAUUUUAUUUAUAUAUUCGAUAUAUUUUAGAACGAAAAAUACCAGUGCUUUCUUUUUUUUAUUAAGCCCAUAAUUGUAUGGACUGGAAGCGGAUAUCCGUCUACGAGUGCAAUGUACCAACUAUAUUUAUAAAAAUUAGGAUAUAUAAUCAUAAUUUAGUUAUUUUUUCUCUUUAAGAGAACAUCUCUACCUGAAUUAUGAUUCUUGUAAUUUAUUAAAAAAAGAUUAUGACAAACUUUAUUUUCUAAGUGUAGACAUGUGAAUAAUUUAUAGUAUAAAUCUUAUAUUUUUUGUAUCGACAAGUAGUUUUGCUUUUGCCAAUUCUUUGAAUGAAGCUAAACUAUUUUACCUUUGUUUUCUAACAUAAAAUAUUUCUACUUAUACAUAAGUAUAUAGAUACCUUCCAUAUAAAAAUACUUUAUGUGCAUAUAUAAAUAUUUUACAACUUUGCUAUAUCAUAUAUUUGAUUUGAUGAAUGUAUGUACGUGUUCAUGGUCAAUUGUUGUGUUCUCAAAAACAAAAACCACAAUGUCUUUUAAUAACAGAACAGAACUUUAAAUUUA